AUGACUGUGACAGCUAGGGGAUCUACCACCCCCCUCACACCCCACCCAUCCUCCUCUCCUCCCUCCCCCCACCCCUCCUCUCCCCCCUCCCCCCUCUCUACCUCCCCCCUCACCCCCUCUCUCCUCCUCCCUCUGUCUGUCUCUGGGUUGGUGGCUGCCCUCUCCAUCUCUCUGAUCAUUCUACUGGUCCUGAUCUGCAAGAGGAACAAAGAUGUAGCAGCUGAACCCAGAGAUGUUACGUAUGCUGACGUUAGAAUCAUACAGGAACCACAACCCAGGAGAAGGAGAGAGAAGUCUCCAGGAGCUGAUCCACUCUACUCUGCAGUGAAGACCUCCAACACCACAGUUCCAGGUGGAUCCGUUCCAGGUGAUGUGACCUAUGCUGACAUCAACCACACAGAGAAGAGACAACACAACAGGAGUAGAGAGAAGGUCGUUCCAGACCCUGUCUACUCAGCGGUGAAGACAGACAGAGAUACAGGUCAAAAGGUCGUUCCAGACCCUGUCUACUCAGCGGUGAAGACAGAUAGACAGAGAUACAGGUAGAGCUGUAUCUGGAUCCAGGGACGAAACGUACAGACUGAGUGACCCUGUUCAUCAGAA